AUGGAGGACAGGCUGCGCAGCAGCCAGAUUGGCAAUGCGGAAGCACAAGCGGUUGGCGAGGCACUCAAAGAUAGCCCGACGGUGACCAAGGUCGAUCUGGAUGAGAAUCAGAUUGGCGAUGCUGGAGCGCGGGCGAUUGCCGAGACACUCAAAGUGAACACGACGGUGACUCACCUCCAUCUGCACCAGAAUCAGAUUGGCAAACUGGGGGCUGAGGCGAUUGCUGAAGCACUCAAAAUGAACAAGAAGCUGGCCACGCUCUAUCUGAACAAGAAUCAGAUUGGCGAAACUGGAGCCCAGGCGAUCGCUGAGGCACUGAAAGUGAAUACGACGCUGAUUGAGCUCAGGCAAGGCAUUGGACGUUGA